GAUGCUUUAAUUUCCGAACGAGAACAUUUUCGAAUGAUUUGGCAGAAAAAAGCUACAAUCGCUUUCUUUUAUCGCUAAAUAGACAAUAAUUCUCAAUUUACUCGUUGAAUAUUGUUAAGAUCAACGAUUUUAAUAUUGCCCGUAUGUAGGACAGCGAUAAACGUAACAAGAGUUUGAAGAAAUACGAUUAUCGAAACGUUCGCGCAAUGUCGAACGGCGCGGUAAGCGUGAAGUUCCGAUGGGGGUUGACACCGAGUGACCCGGAACGACAGCCCACACUGUUCGUGGGCCAAGGGCCGCAUUUGUCAGCGUUGAGUUGGGCUGAUGUGAAAUGCAAGCUGGAGUCUAAGGUUACUGAAGAGUGCUGGUCCCGCGGCGUCCGCUGCAGCGCGGCGGGGGCGGGCGAGGCGGUGGAGCUGUGGCCGCGCGGCGCCGCGCUGGCCGCGCUGCCCCCGCGGCGCUCGCGCCACGCCGCGCCGGCGCGGCCGCACGCGCUCGCCAAGCUCGUGCGCAGCUACCCCGCCAACACUGACUUUAUUGUUCUGGUGUGCCGCAAAUGCGACGUGCUAGCGAGCGGCGUGGCCAUCGCGCGCUCGUUCCCGCUGUACUCGGCGCGCUCGGGCACCAGCCCGCUGGGGGCCGGCCCGCCGCCGCCCGCCGCCAGGACCGUCACCGUCGAGAUACUGCUGGUCAACGAGGACCAGGCCGAUGGCGACACGACAGAGGAAGAAGGCAUUGGCCCCCUGGACCCAGCACUGCUGGACAACAGCCUGUCGGCUGCGGAGCUGGCCACGCUGCAAGACGUGGCCGACAACGUCCGGCUGGCCGCAAGCAUCGCAGACAUGCCCGCCAACGUCAUCAACGUCGACCACUUCAUUGAGGCGGCCUGCAAAAUAGCGAAAGAGCUGGACAUCCCCGCGCCGACAAUAAUCCGGGGCGAGGAACUGCGAGAACGAGGCAUGGGGGGCAUCUACGGGGUGGGCAGGGCCGCGGCGUCCCCGCCGGCGCUCGUGGCACUGUCCUACAAGGCGCCCGGGGCCAGCGAGAACGUGGCCUGGGUCGGCAAGGGUAUCGUCUACGACACAGGCGGGCUCAGCAUCAAGAGCAGGGCGUCGAUGGUGGGCAUGAAGGGCGACUGCGCAGGCGCGGCGGCGGUGCUGUGCGCCUUCGCGGCCGCCGUGCGCGCGCGGCCCGCGCUGCACCUGCACGCCGUGCUCUGCCUCGCCGAGAACGCCGUGGGGCCGCUGGCCACCAGGCCGGACGACAUCCACACGCUGUACUCGGGUCGCUCGGUGGAGAUUAACAACACGGACGCGGAGGGCCGGCUGGUGCUCGCGGACGGCGUGGUAUACGCGCACAGGGACCUCAAAGCCGACAUCAUCGUCGACGUGGCCACACUCACCGGCGCACAGGGCACGGCGACGGGCAAGUACCACGCGGCGCUGGUGUGCAACCGCGCGGCGCUGGAGGCGCGCGCCGUGGCGGCGGGGCUGCGCGCCGGCGAGCCCGCGCACGCGCUGCCGUACGCGCCCGAGCUGCACUUCCCCGAGUUCUGCAGCGCCGUGGCCGACAUGAAGAACAGCGUCGCCGACCGCAACAAUGCGCAGCCGUCGUGUGCUGGCUUGUUCAUCCUGGCGCAACUCGGCUUCGACUUCCCCGGUUCCUGGCUGCACAUAGACAUGGCUGCCCCGGCUACCAGCGGCGAGCGCGCCACGGGCUACGGCGUGACGCUGCUGUGCGUACUGUUCGGUGCGCACACGCAGUCCCGCCUGCUGCGGGCGCUGGCGCCCGCGCCGCUGCUGCGCGGCUGACGGACCACCCGACAUGCACCACUACUAUACUAUACUAACCUCAUUCAAUGUAGCUUAAUUACAGUGACAGAAAAACAAGUUUAUACCCUAGUGCGAAAGAGACCAGAGAUAUCUCUCACACUAAGCUAUACAGGCUGUUAGUAACACCGUACCGAAUACUGAGGGGGGAUGAUUCAGCUUAUGAUUAAGAGUUAAUAUCAAGUGGAAUUUUCCGUUGCAAAACUCAUGAAAAUAUUAGUGUAUUUUAAAAUUAUUUUCAGUUCCAUACUUUUGCGACGGAAAAUUCCUGAUACUAACUCUAAUCCAUGAGCAGAAUCUUAGUAUUUGGUACGCUAUCACAUUUCCUUGUAUACUAUAUAAUUAUCUCUGAUGUCAUCACAGUAUGUUAUAUGUAACAUGAAAGUACAGAGACACAGUCAUAAUUUUUUACAAGAAAAGUUUUCAUAAAAAGGCUUCUGGCGCAUUUUUAUUUCCAUUUUAAGCACAUGGGUUUUGCACUUUUAUUUAGUAGGUACUAAUAAGCAUGAUAAAUUGAAUAUAUCGGUGGCUUUUCUAUAUAUUUUUAUUACAAAUGUAAUAUUAUUAUGUUUGGUAUGCAUAUGUGCAUUUUAUAAUUCAUUUUAUUUUUACUUAACCAUAAGAGCAUCUAGUAAUAUUUGUGUAAUUACAAUGGUAGCCAAAAGCGCGGGAAUUCUCAAAACGCAAUGGCUGACUGGGGUUUUUUUUUAUAGAUUAACGUGUAAAUGUACAACGCCAAUGGUUUAUAUGUCUUAUAACUUUGGAGUUGUACAUAUCGAAGUUAUAAAUGUAUAUUCAUCGAGAGUUUGGAUUUGCCUGUCGUAUAAACUAUAAUACAAUAAUUAUAUUACUUAUUGCGUUUUUUUAGUCUCUCGUAAAUACGUCAGGCAAAUCACGCGCCAUUACAUAGCUAAAUAAUUUAAAAAAUAAAUAGACAAUAUACAACUGGUGUUACCAUGUUAAAAUACAAAUAAAUAGUUUUAACGAGUUACAUUUGUAAAGCAUAAUAAAGUAAAAUUGAUGUUGUAAUUUAGUUACAAUUGAUAAGUUGAAGAGGGUAACUUCUUUUUAUUGCAUUUUUUUAAUAUUCGUAGAUGGGUAGCAAAAAAUUCUUUAGUCCAAGGUUGCAGUUUGGCCAUUAGUUUGGUACAAAUUUUGGCACCAUUUUGCCUUACUUUGGGCCUUAUAAUCUAUAAUUAUAUUAUUACCUCAUAAAUAUUCCGAAUGUGUUCGACAAGAGCCAAAUUUAAAAAAAAAAACUACUGCAAUUCAUUGUCUAAUUAGCAUUUAAGUAACACGUUUUUAUUACUCAUUUUGUGUUUUAUUUUUGCUGAAAUAAAGGAUAUUCAAAUUAA